AUGACGACGGGUGAUCUUAAGAAUGUUGUUGUCGUCGGGGGAUCCUAUGUAGGACGUGCCACAGCAAAGGAGCUUGCACAGGCAUUACCAUCGACGCACAGGGUUCUUCUGGUCGAGCCGCAUAGCCAUUUCCACCAUCUCUUCACGUUUCCUCGGUUCGCGAUCGUGCCCGGCCAAGAACACAAGGCUUUCGUACCCUACAGCGGGCUCUUCUCCUCCCUCCCCAAUGCGGCAAACCACGCCGUGGUGCAAGCACGUGUUCUCUCGGUACAUGCUCGCCAUGUCAACCUCGACCGCGAAUGGCAGGGGUCGAAGCAGCUUCCCUUCGAGUACCUGGCGCUCGCGACAGGCACGUCCCUCGCCGAGCCUGCAGGGAUGAAGCAGGACGAGAAGCCUCCUGCGGUGAGAUACCUGCAAACACAUCAAGAGGCGGUCAAGCGCGCCACGUCGAUUCUGAUUGCUGGCGGCGGCGCCGUCGGGGUUCAAAUGGCCACGGAUCUCAAGGAAUACUUUCCCGACAAGGCCGUCACGCUCGUCCAGUCCCGGGCGCGCGUCAUGCCGCAAUUCCACCCCGCCCUACACGAGCUGAUCUCCAAACGCUUCGACGAGCUCGGCAUCGACCUGAUCACAGGCACCCGCAUCGUUGUCCCACCCACCGGAUUCCCGAACGACGGGACGCCGUUCCAAGUGCAACUGACCAACGGAAGCACCGUGCCUACGGAGCUGGUCAUCCUGGCAACCGGGCAGAGACCGAACAAUGGCCUGGUUGCGGGCUUGGAGCCCUCCCAUCCAGGCUCUUUGAUCAACCCAGAAAACGGAUUUGUGCGCGUCCGGCCGACCCUGCAGCUCCUCGAUCUCAAGUACCCACAUAUCUUCGCGGUUGGCGAUAUCGCCGACACGGGCGUGCAAAAGGCCGCACGGCCAGGCAUCGCCCAGGCCGCCGUGCUGGCGAAGAAUGUUAAAGCAUUGGCUGAUGGCCAAGAGCCCACCGAGACUUACGUGCGGAAUCCCGCGGCGAUCCAUCUGACAUUGGGCAUGCAAUACAAUGUCAUCUUCCGCAACCCAAACGAAGCUGAAGGACAGACACAGCCCACCAUCGUGGAGAAACAAGAUGGCCGAGAGGAUAUGGGAGUCGAAGGCUUUUGGGAAAGACAGGGAAUCCAGGUCAUCAACCCGCAACAGUAUCAUCUCUGA